UAUCUGGUAGCUUGAGGUGUCUGAUAGUUGUGAGAUUUUUUUAUGACCGUUUGCGGUGGAAGACGUGAAAAUUGCAUGUACUUUCAGAAUUGUUGGGCGAGCUACUGUCGCGAUCGACCUGUUGGCGACCCCUGGGCUAUUCAUUCACCAUGUCUGACUUUGGUCCACUCAUGAAUGACUGAAGACACAGUCGCAGUUUGAACCUCUCAUAAGGCAAAUAACUCUACUGUAGUAAAAAGUUAACUCCUGAAAUAGUGACUGCAUUGGCAUAGGAAGUCGCCACGUUACACAAAAUAGAGGUUGAAGGGAGUACUGACAGACCAGCAUGCUUAGAGCACGCAUGUGUGUGUCGGCACUAUGUCAUCGCUCAGGCACGUUUGUGCUUCGAUGGGUCAACAUCUGCAGGAAGAUAGCAUGUGUGCAAAGUGCAGUGGGGCCAGUGAGAUGGAAGACGUACUGUAGCCCAGCACCUUUUUUGACAGCCACGCCUACCCGCGCUCUCAUAGAUGAGCCGAUUACCCUAGAGGGGCAUCACCUUCCCCCUCACUCACCUAUCACGGUGCGCGCCUAUAUGCAUAACGAGGACGGUGACCUAUGGGAGGCGCUCUCUCACUACAACACAGACGAGAUGGGUGUCGUCAACAUGACCACAGAUGAGUCUGUAGGGGGUUCCUAUGUGGGCUGUGAGCCCAUGGGACUGUUUUGGGCCCUGCAGCCUGCACCUGGAGAGAGAGAGGGUCUGAGGCUUCGGAAGAAAAACGUUGAGACUCCGUACUCAGUACAGUUGUCCUUAUUAGAGGGUCAUAUUCCGGUUCCACCCAGUGAGGGUUCCAACAAGGAGCAGUGGCAGAGAGGGGAACAGGAGCUGGCUGCAGUGACUGUUGAACGCUGGUACAUGGCACCAGGCGUCCGGAGAAUAGAAAUUCGGCAGAAUGGAGUAGUGGGGACCUUGUUCUUACCCCCAGGUCCAGGUCCAUUCCCAGCCAUGGUGGACCUGUGGGGUAUGGGCGGGGGGCUGAUAGAGUACCGCUCAGCCUUGUUUGCUUCCCGGGGAUUUGCCAGUCUCUCCCUGGCCUACUUUGGCCACAAAGACAUCCCUGGUCCACUCAACACUAUCAAUGUGAGAGAUGCCUACUUUAAGGCUGCAUUCCAGUUUCUCCAGGACCACCCCCAGGUGUGUGGGGACAGGCUGGGGAUCAUUGGCCUCUCGUUCGGAGUCUACCUGGCUCUGCGAAUCGCCACUCAGAUUGGUGUCAAUCCCAGGUGUGUGAUAGGAGUCAAUGGUCCAAUAGGAAGUAUCAACAAACUAUCGGACAGCGAUGGCCAGACCGAAAGCUUUGAAGGGGAUCAGAAGCACUGGAGUUAUGAUGAACAGGGCUACGUCAGCUUCAGAGAAGUGUCCAUGCCCAACAACAUUCCACCUGAGAACAAAGCAAAGGUUGAAAACCUGUGUUGCCCCCUACUGUACAUUGUGGGUGAAGAUGACUUGAGCUGUGCAGCUAUUGAGAACGCAGAUGAGAUUGAGAAGAAGCUUAAAGAUGCUGGUAGAUCCCACCUGUUCACCCGCCUGUCAUACCUGGGUGCUGGCCACCUGAUUGAGCCACCCUACACCCCCAACGCACGAAGCUCCAUGUGGACCACCCGACCAAAGAAACUGAUCACUCUCUGGGGAGGGCACCUGGCACCCCACGCUGCUGCCCAAGAAGAUGCCUGGAAGAGGACCCUGGAAUUUAUGGAACGCCAUCUAAGAGGGUGAGGGGAGAGGAAUAGAAAUAGCCUUACGACCACUUUGUGAUAGAAUGGUCCAUUUCACGUGUCUCUCCACAAUGCAAGACACAAAACUCAAAAUCAAGUGGACUCAGUGUUCUCUUGAAUGUAUCUGUAAUUUCACUAUUUUCACAAUACAUAUUGUUAUGUAGGCAUCUAUGUAUUGUUGUCAUUGAUUUGUUAAAUGUUUAUAUAUACAACUACUAUACCAUAAUAAAUUCAAUGGCAUGUAAACAAAGGAGCU